AUGUCUGGCACAACUCCUUCCAAGGGCAGUGGCAGCAAGUACGACCAGAUCCCGGGUCCCCUCGGGCUGGCGUCUGCUUCGCUGGAGGGCAAGGUGGCUCUCGUCACUGGUGCCGGCCGCGGCAUCGGUCGCGAGAUGGCGCUCGAACUCGGACGCCGUGGUGCCAAGGUGAUUGUGAACUACGCCAACAGCGACUCGUCGGCGCAGGAGGUUGUCGACGAGAUCAAGAAAAACGGUUCCGACGCGGCUUCCAUCAAGGCCAAUGUUGCCAAUGUCGACGAGAUUGUCCAUCUGUUUGAGGACGCCCACAAGGUGUUCGGCAAGCUCGACAUCGUGUGCUCCAACAGUGGCGUCGUCUCGUUCGGCCACGUCAAGGAUGUUACGCCCGAGGAAUUCGACCGCGUCUUUACCAUCAACACGCGCGGCCAGUUCUUCGUCGCCCGCGAGGCCUACAAGCACCUCGAAGUUGGUGGCCGUCUGAUUCUCAUGGGUUCCAUCACUGGCCAGGCCAAGGGUGUCCCCAAGCAUGCUGUGUACUCGGCUAGCAAGGGCGCCAUCGAGACCUUUGUGCGGUGCAUGGCUAUUGACUUCGGUGACAAGAAGAUCACGGUCAAUGCCGUUGCUCCUGGCGGUAUCAAAACCGAUAUGUACCAGGCCGUGUGCAGGGAGUACAUCCCUAACGGCGACAAGCUCGAUGAUGAAGGUGUCGACGAGUAUGCCGCCGGCUGGUCUCCCCUCCACCGUGUCGGUCUUCCCAUCGACAUUGCCCGCGUCGUGUGCUUCCUGGCGUCUCAGGACGGCGAGUGGGUCAACGGCAAGGUGAUUGGCAUCGACGGGGCUGCUUGCAUGUGA